AUGGACCCUAACGAGGCCAAAAAGCGGGACACCAAGGCGUCUUUUGGAAAGGACGGAAUUUUGGGUGAAAUGGAGGCCAAAGCUAUCCUUUUGGCUAAUACAUUUUUAAUUCUAUCUAUAUCGUCCGUUUCUGAGCAUUGGCUACUUUACAAGGUGCGAAAACAAACACCGCCGCCGAGUCACUGUUUCAAGCAUACGUCGAUUCAAGGGGUGCACUAUUUGCAAUGUCUAAACCGAUCUUACGCGCUUAUCGAGCAGCACACGUCACUUUUUCGAUUGUGCAACGAUUUAACAGGAAGUACGCGUAAAAACGUUUCGCGGCGUCAAUUGUUGGUGCUGACCGCCCCGUGGUCAGAAUGGACCCCGUCGGCCAUUUCAUACUGGGAAUUCGGCGUGUCGGCCCUAUUCUCAUUAGCCGCCCUGGGAAAUCUCGUGUUUGCCGCCCAUCGGGCCGUCAAGGGUAAUGAAAAAGUAGCCGGCCGUAAUGCCUCCAUCAGCUGUGGCCUUUUCACCUUCACUCUCCUCACCCAGCUCCAUAUAAUGCACAGUGUCAACACCCAGCCCCCAACAAAUGAGGCGGAAACUCUCAAGUAUUGCGAGGCCGGGUGGAGCCUGUUGUCGGGUUGUCUGGGCACCGCACUGUCAGGCGUGUGCGGCUAUUUGUACUUGGCGGCAGCGCAGGUUCGCGAACUCCGAGAACGAAGCCAGAAACGCCGAAGAUUAAUGCACAACGCCAUCCUAAGCAGUUGCCGCCAAGAAAUCGCGGUCGCAAUCCGUGCCAAAAUGACCGUUUUG